CUAGAGGUUCUUUCAGAAGCUCAUUUAAGCUUGAAGAACUUAGGCUUACGUUUACUGAGUUAGGGGUAACAUCUUUUUGCUUGGUUGGAGGCAGUGACCUCAUUUUCAUGAUCCUCUUACCUGUGCCUCACAGGUGCUGGGAUUACAGGCGUGGUCACCACCAUGCCUAGUUCCAAGAAGUAACAACUUGGUAGCAGGACCAAGCUGAUUUCCAGGAUUGGUGGCUGCUUUUUUGUGAGAUUAUAAACGUACCUCAGAGAGGAACAAUACUAACUCAAGAAGAAUGGGAGAUCACAGGCUACAAGCCACCUCCUCAGACUUUCCUCCUAAAUCCUGGCCUUCUGAGUUGGUGAUGGUGACAGGUGAACCACCGACUGCUGUGGAAAUAGAAGAAAUAGGCUAUGAAGAUGUAGUAGAAGAAACAAUCAUCCCAGAAGUCAUAGAGCCACUCUGCCUUAUAGAGAUGCUGAGGAUCUCCUCAAUCCUGGAAGACACCAUUGACCAGCUCUCCAUUCUCAACUAUAUCAUGCCCAUUCAGUACGAGAGAAAACAGAGUGUCAGUGAGCCAUACAGUGGCCGAGCAAAAUCUUCGAUGGUUCCAAGUACAGGGAAAAUACCAGCUCCUUUGUCAUCUAAAGGAAGACCUGCGUUGCCAGAACUCAGAGGAGGAGGCCAACCUCCCUCAGAGCCUCGCAAAGUGCAGGAACCUUUCUUUAAAACACCCACAAGGCAGACCAUCAUGACUGUGGAGGCAAUGAGGAAAAUCCAAAUGGAUAGGCAAUAUCUCAGUGAUGUGAUUGCAAAUACCCGGCAGGAGCUGGAAAAUUCAAGCACUUUCACACAUCUCCAAGAAGCCUUGAGCAAGGAAAGGAAUGAGAAAUUGCAUUUCUAUGAAGCCAUUGCCAGGGAGGAAAAAGGAAAAAAGCAGAUCAGAUCUCUUCAGAGGCAAGUGAUGAAUGUAAAAAAAGAACGGCAAGCUGAGGUACAGAGUCGGAAUGAAUAUAUUUCUCAUCUCAAGGACCAGCUGCAAGAGAUGAAGGCAAAAACCAACUUGGAGAAUCAAUAUAUGAAAAAAAAUACUGAGCUGCAGAUUUCUCAGACCCAGAGGAAAUGUAACAGGACAGAGGAGCUCUUGAUGGAGGAGAUUGAGAAACUAAGGAUGAAAACAGAAGAAGAGAACCGGACUCAUAUGGAGAUUGAAAUAUUCCUUAAAAAAGAGCAACAGAAACUCGAGGAGAAGCUGGAAUACUGGAUGGAGAAAUAUGACAAAGACACAGAAAUGAAACAGAAUGAAUUAACUGCUCUCCAGACCGCAAAGGCCACUGACUUGGCACACCUGCAGGAGCUGGCAAAGAUGAUAAGGGAGUAUGAGCAGGUCAUUAUCGAAGAUCGUAUAGAAAAGGAGAAGACCCGGAAGAAGAUUGAACAGGAUGAUUUGGAACUGAAGAGCAUCAUAAAGCUCCAGGCCUGGUGGCGAGGCACAGUGGUGCGGAGGGAAAUUGGAAGUUUCAAAAUGCCUAAGAAAGAGAAAGAUGAUGGCAAGGACGUAAAAGGUAAAGGCAAGGACAAAAAGGACAAGUGGAAAGGCAAGAAGAAAUGACCGAAUUCUCUUUUGUCCUUCCCUUUGGCCGCUUGGAUGGGAAGGAUUUGGAGGAAGAUACAAGUGCUCUCAUAGGUAAUGCAGCUACAGCUCUGUGGUUGGGAUGGUCCCAGAUGAAGCUGGGGAAUUCACCUUGCCUGUUACAUUUACUUUUCAAACCCUGAAUUACAAUUAUACCGUUGACUGAAGCCUUCAUAUUUUCAUUUUGCUUGGAAGGAAGCGUCUUUAAUAGUCUUGUGAAGUUUCCUCAUUUUACCUCACCAGAAAAACACAGAUCAUAGGUCUAGUUAUAGCAAUUUAUUAAAACCUCAGUAACUCCUGUAAUGCAUUUAACCUAACUAAGACUCUUACAGAGCAAAAGUGAAGUAUUCAGUAGGAGUUAUAAAGUGGUGUUUAGCAUACACACAA